UAGUCAGCAGUCCAUUUUAUUUAAUUUAUUAAUUCUUUUAAAAUCACACGAUUGCUACGUCAUAGACAAGAUCAGUGCACUUGCAUUGCUUCUUUUUCAUUACUUAUACUCUUCUCCCUGUAUAUCAGGUUUAAUUUCAUGACCUUAUGUCACUUUUUACAGCCAUCAGGACUGAUCUGCGCUUAUUACUCGAGUGUCUGAAGUACCAGAUGAAAUGUCCGGCGUCUCAGAAACAAGCUCUACUCACCAUCGUCUCAAUCUGCCAACAGAACGGUGAGAACGUGGAGUUCCUCAGAGAGAUUGGAGGUGUGACGUUCAUCUAUAACCUGUCCAGAGCCAGCGAUUACUCUGAGGUUAAAGAGACGGCUCUGUUCGCGCUCGGCUCUCUGGCUGAAGUUAACGAGAGCUGUAAGCAGAGCCUGUGCAGAGAGGAGAUGUUCUGUGGCUUGGCCGACUGCAUGGAACAGGAAGCGUCCCUCACGCUGAAGAGAGUGGCCGUGUACAUGCUUUCUGUAUUAGUUUCCAACAACAAACAGGGACAGAGCCUUGCUAAGACUUCUAGGUGUAUUGAUAUCCUGCUCAACUUGUUCAGGAGUACUUAUCCCAUGGCUGGAGGAACGAUUGAGCUGCUGCAGCUGUGGACGUCAGUGUCCAGUGCUCUCUGUGGCUGUGUCAACAACCCCCAAAAUGAGGAGAACCAGAGUGCGUGCAUGUGUCUGUUGCCUCUGGUCAAGGUGUGGCUCCAGCAGGUAUCCGUGUUCGGGGCGGAGCUGGCUCAACCCGUCUGCUCCUUCAUCGGCAUGACGGUGGCGAAUAACCCGUUUGUUCAGGAGUAUUUUGCGUCAGUUGGAGGACUGCUCACACUCUCAGACGCUUUAUCCAGUGCAGUUACUCAGUGCAGAGAGAAUCCUGCAGCCUGUAGUCUCGCUGCCAUGAUUACCAGAACACUGUCUGCCUGCAUCACUGACAACGAGGCUUUUGCACCUGUGCUGUCUGAGCUGACGUUGGUUCCAGACCUCCUGCUGUUGCUGUCCAGCCCAAACCUCAGUCCACGAGACCAGCUGGCCGUGGUGUUGACACUCGGGCGCUGCACCGACGCGUGUGUGGAGCAUCAGUCUCAGCUGUUGCGGGGCGGAGGACUGCCUCUGAUGAUCUCUCUCCUGACUGAAGCGAAUGAUGAGGAAGUCAGAAAGGCAGCUACCUUUGUACUGCAAACAUGUAAAAAUCUCACUGGAUCUACAGCAGGUCAGAGUGUGGAGUCUGAGCUGCAGAGACACCGUCAGUCCGCCUGGGAAAUCCAGCAGAGAAUUCAGCAGCUAGAAAGACGGCAGUUGGACGAUUUGGGAAAGGAUGUAGAAAAUUCUUCAGCUCAGCCCACGGAAUGCAGAGAGGAAUUGUGGGAAGACUCCGUGGUGCGAAGGUCCAGAGGUGGAAGCCGAGUGUAUGAGGAGGAGUCGUGGAGAGAGGACAUUCCACUGAACUUCACAUCACCUACACAACCUCCACCUGAGCCAGUCUCAGCGCAGGGAAUGGGAGAGCCAAUGCAGCAUGUUCGAAGACAGAUUGUUAAAGACUUUGAUAAGUCAGUGAAUCCUUUCCAAAAAGGAAACGGAGAACAACAGCGACUGGCAGAGAAGGCGACAGGAAGUAGUGUAGCAGAACAAAGUGAGCAACAAAUGAGAAGAGAGAGUGAGAUGAAAAGAGGGAUGGAAGAAAUGGAGAGAGGUGAAACAGAUGAAACAAACCUCAGCAGAGACAGAAGCAGAGAUGAGCUGGGACAUGAAAACCCUGUCAGCGCCACACACACCAAGCUACAGGCAAAAGACAGAGAUGCACGCAGCCCAGAUAUUUUCAAACAUCCUGCUCCCAUGAAGAGAAGCCAGCAGACUCUGUUUCGCUCGGACGAUGAGCUGUCUGUGUGCUCUGAGCUCCUGGAUAGUGAGAUUGAGAGGAUUCUCAUCACUCCAGCUGCGUGUAAGCCCAGCAGGCUACGCUGUGCAGGGUGUGUGAGCGGGGUGGAUGAGGUGAACAGCAGGUCAGUGGGUGUGGUUCUGCGCGGCUGUAAGAGUCGGUGCGAGUUCCACAUGGUGCUGCAGAGAGCUGAGGAUCGUCUGAAGAGAAGCCUGCGUAUCGAUGGGGUCGCGCACACGCGCGGUCACGAUCACACACGUGACUGUGGAGACAGAGACACGUGUUCUUCAGAAACAGUCUCCAAACACACAGUGAGAGAAAGAGAGGGUCGCGUAAACAGACCGAGCCGCAGAGACGCUAUGAGGUCGAUAAAUCUCACUCCUCUGAAGAGAUCGGGUGAAACUCAGGGCAAAGUUCAGACGUGGAAAACAGACAUGUGUCCAGUCUCCGAAAACCAGGGUGCGAUGAUGGAAAGCAGAGUGCACAGAGACAGGAAGGACUAUUCUGUAGAUGAGCUGAAGUACCUCAGUGAGGGCGUGAGACGUUUUGGUCACUCCUGGAACACUAUACUGUGGGCGUAUCCCUUCCAGCAGGGACGCACAAACGUAGACCUGGCCAAGAAAUACAGAAAGCUACAGCAGGGCUCAGCGCCGUCCCCAGACCUCAUAACACAGGAAUCUGCUGAACAGAGAGUUCAUUAAAGAGACAAUGCGGUCUGUACAGUCUGUACUGUUAAUGUGUAAACAGCAGAUCAGCCUUUAAUGCAGAAAGCUGAAGCUGUUACUUACAAAGAGUUUAUUUAGUGUUAGUGCUGACUAAAAUACUGGAUAUUUGUUAUUAUAUUGAAAGAAAGACGAGUUUAUUAUUUUUAACUUAUGUUUGAUUAAAGCUGAAUGUAAAUCUCACUCUUGAUAUAUUCAUGAAAUAAGACUGGACUGCUCGUGUGAGCCAAACAGACUCCUACAAAUGGGAUUCGUUGUAGUUCAUUAGCAUACAAAGCUGUUACUUCAGCUCUUCACUGACACGCGUCCUCGGACAGAGAGAGGCUCAUACACUGGGCGAGAGAAUACAGUAAUAAACUGUCUGAGUGCUGAACGUUUCUCAGCGCUGCUCCGGUGUCGUUCUGAGUUCAUGCCUGUGUUUUUGUUUUCUUUGCCAUGUGCUUUUGUUUCUGUUCUAGUCCUGUCUCCGCCCCUCUGCCGUCUUAUUGGCGUGUUACUUGAUUGUGUUCUGUGUUACACCCUUAAUUAGUUUGUCUCUGUACACCCUGCUGUUUGUUGCUUUGGCUUAAAGUCUUAUUGUGCAUUUAUGUGUCUGUGAGUUAAACACACCGAGUUGAGUCACGAUUCUUAGAAUCUCUCAGUACUCUUACAUGGAAAUCUCAUUACAUUCUGUCUGUGCAUGUGCGAAGUUUUUUUUUUUUCUUCUUCUUUUCUGUGCGCUGAGACUCCACAUCUUUCCCAGAUAUCCUUGGCUUUGUUCCACGUAUUUCCUGAAACUGUUCAGUCAUGGGAUUGUUGAAUGUAGCUUAUAAAAAUACAC